ACCACGAGGUCCCAGCUGUUUCCCGCCAUUGCUGAAUGUUGUUACUACAAACCGUGUGUGUGUGUAUAUAUUUUACAAAGAGAGAGAGGGACGGGAGAGUGCCAGCAGCAGCACCGUGUGUGUGUGUGUGUGUGUUGGACAGUGUUGCUGCUUUGAAAGCUGUGGAUACAGUGACAGGAUUUCGAUGGCUUAUUACACGGGGCAAAAAACGCUGCAGGAAUUCCGCAAAGCGGAGAAGGAAGUGAUCGGAGGCUUGUGUAGCCUCUCGAACAUCCCGCUGACACCAGAGAGCCAGCGGGAUCACGAUCGGCGGAUCCGCAGGGAAAUUGCCAACAGCAACGAGCGGCGGCGCAUGCAAAGCAUCAACGCCGGCUUCCAGUCCCUCAAAGUGCUGCUGCCUCACACAGACGGCGAGAAGCUCAGCAAGGCAGCAAUCCUGCAGCAGACCGCUGAGUAUAUCUUCGCCUUGGAGGAGGACAAGACCCGAUUGAUACAACAAAACACACAACUUAAGAGACUAGUCCAGGAAUACUCGGGCUCCUCCCCAAAACGGAAACGGGGCGAUGAAUCCGAUGAAGGAAUCGGUUCUCCGGACUCCGCGGAUGAGGAGUUGGCUGAGCUGAGGCAGCACCUGGAGAAGGAGCGACUGAUACGGAUCACACUGGAAGAGAAGGUGAGAUGUCUGGAAUCCCAACUACAGCCGGACAAGGUGAAGGAGAUGCUCCACCAGACCCAGACCCAGCUGCAGCCGGAGUACGACAUCGCGCUGGAGCGCCGGGGGCAGCUUGUGGAGGAGCAGCAGAGAACCAUCAACACGGCACAGCUUUCCAUCGCUCACAGUCCCCCAGCCCCAACUCACCACCCGACAGUCAUAGUGCCAGCACCACUGCCUCCCAGCGUACUACAGGUCAACGUGGUAACUAUGGCACCAAGCUCUGUCAUCAGCACAGUGUCCACGUCGAAACAGAACUUGGACACCAUUGUACAGGCCAUUCAGCACAUUGAAGCCACUGAGCAGGGGGUCAAGGAGGAGCCAGAGCGAGUGGAGAAACAGACCACGGCUUUCCUGAACCUCGACAGGAUGCAGGAUGGCGUCAAGGAGGAGAGGGAGUGGCAUGGGCUGGUGACAGCCUCACCGCUGAUAGUCAAGAGCUCCUUCGGCGAUGCGGCGUCCGAAAACCAGGAAGCUGAUCGGAGAGAAAUGCUGACAGCUCUAAGGCCCAAAGUGGAGGUGGAGCCGAUUCCCUCUGUGCUGGUCCCUGGGACUGGCAUCCUCUAAACAAGACUGCGGAGACGUGUCAGUGUGAACUGAGGGGACGGAGGCCAGUCUGUAGAGUUUGAGAUUAACGGACCUUUGAGCGGCAUUCUUCCCAAACUAACCCCUUCCUGUCCUUGCAGUGAGAGCAGCCUCGAAGGUACUCUGGUCACAACCCUGUGUGCGAGGUGGCCGAGGGUCGGGUUUUGUUGGCCAAUUCCGAUUUCUGUGGUUUGUUGUAAAAGCCACUCUGACCGGUUGUGUCCGAGCGAUAGGUUUGAGGUCUGGAUGGCCCAUCAGUGCAAAUAUGUCACUAAACCUGAUUUACUUUAGCAACCACCACAAUUCUGCCACAUUUUUCUGCAAGUAACUUUUUUAAAAUUACAUUUUUUAAUGGCCCAUUUUAUGGAAUUUGUUGAUCGCGUCACCCUAAAUGGCGAUUAGGCAAUCCAAAAUAAGUUAAUUAACACUCAAUUCAAAGGCAAAUGUGUCAUAACCUAGUGGGACUACAGGAGCUGGCUUGAGUGUUGGACUGUUUGUUUCUAUGGUGUCCUUGCAAAAGACUAUUAACACUUUUUUCUGUGCAUCCUGUUCCCUAGAAACAAUACCUUUUUCUGGGGUAUUGUUUGUCCAGUGUCAGCUGUGUGCCCCAUGUUUGUCCUCCUUGCCCUAAGAAGCUGAUCUCUAUAUAUGUGCCUUCAUGAGCAUUAGCGGGCAAUUUGACUGUGGGGAGCGUCAUGCCUCAUCUGCUGACCUUGUCCAAGGUUCGCACUUGGAUUGUUUUAUUCCCUGCCUAUCCCAGGAGAUCCACUUUUAACAGCACAAUGGAUACCUCAGAGCAACUUUGCUCAGUCCAAGGACAGAAACUUGGGCCUUGUGGGCCGGUGCCACACCAAGUCAUGCUUUUGUGGAGCUGUGUGAUUGUUAGAACUUCCCUCAUGUCACAUCUGAACCAUCAGUUAGGAAGUGGAUACUGUUCUUCUGGCUAAAGGUAGGGAUGUUUAUAAAGACCAUUAUCAAGCCCGUUCACUUCACAUAAAACAUUGGUGGCGGGGGUGGAUGGUGUUAGAAAAUCUUGUGCUUUUGGCAAAAGAUCUGACAUGAGAGGAAAUGAGUGUGUACCUUCUAGGAUGCUCUAUAGGUGGACUGAAAAGGGGGAGUAUGAGAUUAAGUUGUUAUAUCACUUAAAAGAUCACAGCCAAUUUGGGAACAGUUUGGAUGGACCCUGCUUUCAUGUAGACCAUAUUAUUUUUCAAGCAACUUCUUGGGAUGACUAACUGCUGCAUGGUGUACAGAAUGCAUAGUGCAGUCACUACAGGGUGUGAUGUAAGGUUUUAUUGUAGGUGAUGCCUUUUUACAUAUACUUUUUUUUAAAAAAAUGUUAAUGGGAUGAUAAAGAAAAAUCUGUCAGUUUUUUUUGGGAUGCAGACUUGAGUGGUGUUUUACAAACCACACAAUGAAAUUGUUGCCAGUGUAGUGUGUGGCAGAAUGAUCUUGGGCCUAGGCCGGUCUUAGCACAUUGCUGAUACAGCCAGGUCUUUAAGAACAGUACUGCUAUCUGUGCAUUGUAUGGGAGGGUUGUAUAAAAUCUUUUUAGAGCACUUA